AUUCAAGCCUCGUUCUUCUCUGUGUUGCUAUAGUGGAAGGUUUGCAGUGUGCUUUGCAUUCUCUUCCUUCUGCUCUGGUUCAUGUGGAAGAUCCAUAAAAUUUUCCAGAGAGUUGAAGACAGAGGUGAUGAUGAGAGGUCCAGAAAUGAGCAGGAACAGCAGGAGGACAAGCAGGAGCUGGAAGUGCAGCAGGAGGAAGCGGACGAGGAGGGGAGUAAUAUUCUCCUUGCUGAUGAGCUCUGGCCAAACCAAAUUCAUCGAGAUAACUGUGAGCAGAUACUGCUCCUGUUUGGUCACCUCAUCAAUUUCUGCCAGUAUCUCAUGUCAGAUACUUUCUAUCCAGUGCCAGAGCACCCCAUUGGGGUGGGUAGUGCCUAUGAAGUCUGGUGUCCCUCUGAGAAUGAACCCUUCUACCACCUGCUUGUGCUCUUGGAGAACACUGCCUGCUGCUUCUACACACUGAUCGAAGAUGCCUGGAAAUGCUUGCCUGACUCAGCAACAACCAGCAUAAAUGUGGUGCUGUCCAGGUGCUCCUGCAAGCUUUCUGUGAGAAGUUCCAACAAAAGAACCCUCACGGUUCAGACAAUUUUUGGUGUACAACAAGAUGAUACAGACAUCUACCUGACCAGCCAGAACACAGACGCCGGCUUUACGCCCAGCACAACAUGGCCACAGAGCUGUGCUGUGGCAGAAAAGAAGUUCUUCCAGCACGUAGCCGCCAAUGCACAGGAGGACAAUUUCUACAUAAGAUAUAUGCAAGUGGCUGCCUAUAUCCAGGAGGGCCACGCCUUCUCUCCCUAUGAAAUGAAGAUGGUGGUCAUGCACCUCCUGACUGCCAUCCCUUUGAAAAGCUGGCAUGGGAUCUAUUUCCUGGAGCGGGUGGAUGACAUCUUGUGCUACCUGCGCUGAUGUGUGGAGGAGGUACGUCUGAACCAUUUCUUCGUAGGAAAUGAGGACGUGCCUGCGGAGAUUAUCUUGCCGGAGGAAUUCCGAGUGUCCCAACCGCUCAACCUCUUCCAGCGCCUGGUGCAGGAUCCAGAGAGACAUGAGCAGGCACUGCAGGAUGUGGACGAGCUUCAAGAUCGGCUCACAAGCCUGCUGCUCUAUAGGAAAUGAGAGACGCCCACUUGUCUCACAGAUGAGCAUGCUGGACGUGGAGAAGACGUCGCUCAGCAGGCAGUGGGAAUUGCUCUCAAAUGUUUUCUCCACACUGGGGCAGCCAUACCCCAUGCCGACGGAGAGGGUGCUGCGUGGACUCUUGAAGCAGAGACUCUUCAGACCAUCAGGGCAGAGAGCAUCCGGCAUCUCGGAGUGAGCCUGUUUGCCCUGGAAACAUCUUCCUCUACAAAAACGGGCAAUGGAAGGCUUGCUUGAAGAAACUGUUCUGAAGAAGCAGAGCAUGAAGUAUUUUGUGACUUGUAGAAAUACCACAUUUCAGUAGUGUAUUUUAGAAAUGCAGUUGUUGAAUUCUGUGAUUAAUUCUCACUGUUCAAACU